AUGUCCACCUCACGUAUGCUAGAAGAAGGAAAAGCGAGGAUAGACGAAGCAUUGCAAAAAGGUUACGCACCAUCACAUUUCGCCCACAAUCUGGAACUCAUCAUGGUCGAGGAUAACCGAAGUUCUGCCUCACUAUCCAUGCGUUCUAAGAUUGCUAGCACACGAGAGCGCGCGGCAGCAUUGCGCACCCUUAAUCCGUUGACUCUGGUGUGGUGGGCCAUUGCUUUCCCCAUGAGGCAAUGGUCUGGUGGUAGGAAAAUGAGUACAUUUGCUUUUGACUCGCUUCUUCGAAUGGUAUGCAGCGAAACGAUAUUCGCAUAUGAGCUCCUCCCGAUAGUAAGGGAUGAUCUCUACGGCUUGCGGUUGAAAUAUCCUCUCUGCGAGGUAUUGCAGAAUUUCCUGAAUUGUAGCGUUGUGCCUGGCUCACCUGUGCUGGGGUUUUCCAAUCCGGACGAGUACAUUCAGCUCACUGGCGUCAGGCAAAACAGUCUAGACAAACUGCCUGACCUCCUACGAAGCGGUUUGAAGGAAUCUCGCAGAUUUCAAAUGGACAAGCAUAACCAGUCCACGAUAUGCACCGCUAUUGACAUAUUUGUACCCACGGAUCCUGUCAACCAAGACGCAUAUGCUGUUAUACCAAUCGGCUCCACCGACGUAUGGAACAUACUACAAGAACUUGGUAUAGUUGAAUAA